AUGGACGACCUGUGGGAGAUCGAGCUCACGCGUGACAAGUGGGUGCCUGUAGACGCGGCAAUGCGGGCAGCCAUCGCAGACGCUGUCAACAGCACAAGCAAUUCCGGGCAGUUCGAGGCUCGCGGAUUCUCGUAUGAGGUCGACCUGAACGCGAUGGUGCAGAGAAAUAAGAGCACUCAGAGGACGCGACCCAUCCGCCGCAUCGCUCCCAGCAGCGACAACGACCACCUGGCCUCCAUUUUCGAGCAGAUGGGCGCCAUCAAGAAGCUCCAAAAGGAUACCUUUCGGGCGACCGCGUACCAGAAAGCGGCUGCGGCCCUGCGGGCGCACCCGUCCGCCGUCGUCUCGGGCAAGGAGGCUCGCGGCAUCGCAGGGAUCGGCAAAGGCAUGGCGGAGCGGAUCGACAAGGCGCUGGAGCCGCCUGCCCGGGCCGGAGGAGUGAAGUGCGUCCCUCCACAGCCGAUGCGUGAGCAGGUGCUCGAGAGCGGGCACCUGCCCGAGCUCGAGGAGCUCAAGCGAGACACGGACGUCGUCGCCCUGCGCGAGCUGCAGCUGGUCCACGGCGUCGGCGCCGUCCGGGCCGGCGCGCUCAUCGGACAGGGCGUCCGCGCGUUUGACGGCUUGCAGCAGCUGCGCGGCCUUCGCGGACCCGUGUCGCUCGACCCCGCGCAGCGCAUCGGCCUGCGGCACGCGGAGGAGUUCCGGCAGAAGAUCCCUCGCGCCGAGGCGAGGCGGCACGAGGAGGCGCUCCUGUCUGCGCGGGACGCGUCGCUGCCUGCGAUGCAGCUCGUCGUGUGCGGUUCGUACCGCAGGGGCAAGGCGACCUCGGGCGACAUCGACGCGCUCGUCACUCCGACCGACGGCGCCACGCCAGCGUCGCUCCUCGCACGCUGGGUUGACGUGUUGCGCGAGAGCGGCUACGUGACGGACACGCUCGCGCAGGGGCCGAGCAAGUUCAUGGGCGUGUGCCGCCUGCCGGACGGGAUGCACCGGCGGCUCGAUUUGCGCAGCGUGCCGCCGGAGCAGUUCCACUUCGCGACGCUCUACUUCACGGGGUCGAACUUGCUCAACGUCAAGAUGCGACUCCGCGCUAUCGAGCUCGGGAUGACCCUCAACGAGUACCGGCUCGAGCGCAAGCCCGCGGUCGACGGGCAGGAGGGGGAGGCGGUGCCGGCGGGGUCGGAGCGAGAGGUUUUCGAGGCACUCGGAAUGGACUACCUCGAGCCACACGAGCGGGGCUGA